AUGUGUUAUCCUGAUGACUUGAGAGGGGGGGGGGGGGGGGGGGGGGGGGGGGGGGGGGGGGGGGGGGGGGGGGGGGGGGGGGGGGGGGGGGGGGGGGGGGGGGGGGGGGGGGGGGGGGGGGGGGGGGGGGGGGGGGGGGGGGGGGGGGGGGGGGGGGGGGGGGGGGGGGGGGGGGGGGGGGGGGGGGGGGGGGGGGGGGGGGGGGGGGGGGGGGGGGGGGGGGGGGGGGGGGGGGGGGGGGGGGGGGUGGGGGGGGGGGGGGGGGGGGGGGGGGGGGGGGGGGGGGGGGGGGGGGGGGGGGGGGGGGGGGGGGGGGGGGGGGGGGGGGGGGGGGGGGGGGGGGGGGGGGGGGGGGGGGGGGGGGGGGGGGGGGGGGGGGGGGGGGGGGGGGGGGGGGGGGGGGGGGGGGGGGGGGGGGGGGGGGGGGGGGUGGGGGGGGGGGGGGGGGGGGGGGGGGGGGGGGGGGGGGGGGGGGGGGGGGGGGGGGGGGGGGGGGGGGGGGGGGGGGGGGGGGGUGGGGGGGGGGGGGGGGGGGGGGGGGGGGGGGGGGGGGGGGGGGGGGGGGGGGGUGGGGGGGGGGGGGGGGGGGGGGGGGGGGGGGGGGGGGGGGGGGGGGGGGGGGGGGGGGGGGGGGGGGGGGGGGGGGGGGGGGGGGGGGGGGGGGGGGGGGGGGGGGGGGGGGGGGGGGGGGGGGGGGGGGGGGGGGGGGGGGGGGGGGGGGGGGGGGGGGGGGGGGGGGGGGGGGGGGGGGGGGGGGGGGGGGGGGGGGGGGGGGGGGGGGGGGGGGGGGGGGGGGGGGGGGGGGGGGGGGGGGGGGGGGGGGGGGGGGGGGGGGGGGGGGGGGGGGGGGGGGGGGUGGGGGGGGGGGGGGGGGGGGGGGGGGGGGGGGGGGGGGGGGGGGGGGGGGGGGGGGGGGGGGGGGGGGGGGGGGGGGGGGGGGGGGGGGGGGGGGGGGGGGGGGGGGGGGGGGGGGGGGGGGGGGGGGGGGGGGGGGGGGGGGGGGGGGGGGGGGGGGGGGGGGGGGGGGGGGGGGGGGGGGGGGGGGGGGGGGGGGGGGGGGGGGGGGGGGGGGGGGGGGGGGGGGGGGGGGGGGGGGGGGGGGGGGGGGGGGGGGGUGGGGGGGGGGGGGGGGGGGGGGGGGGGGGGGGGGGGGGGGGGGGGGGGGGGGGGGGGGGGGGGGGGGGGGGGGGGGGGGGGGGGGGGGGGGGGGGGGGGGGGGGGGGGGGGGGGGGGGGGGGGGGGGGGGGGGGGGGGGUGGGGGGGGGGGGGGGGGGGGGGGGGGGGGGGGGGGGGGGGGGGGGGGGGGGGGGGGGUGGGGGGGGGGGGGGGGGGGGGGGGGGGGGGGGGGGGGUGGGGGGGGGGGGGGGGGGGGGGGGGGGGGGGGGGGGGGGGGGGGGGGGGGGGGGGGGGGGGGGGGUGGGGGGGGGGGGGGGGGGGGGGGGGGGGGGGGGGGGGGGGGGGGGGGGGGGGGGGGGGGGCGGGGGGGGGGGGGGGGGGGGGGGGGGGGGGGGGGGGGGGGGGGGGGGGGGGGGGGGGGGGGGGGGGGGGGGGGGGGGGGGGGGGGGGGGGGGGGGGGGGGGGGGGGGGGGGGGGGGGGGGGGGGGGGGGGGGGGGGGGGGGGGGGGGGGGGGGGGGGGGGGGGGGGGGGGGGGGGGGGGGGGUGGGGGGGGGGGGGGGGGGGGGGGGGGGGGGGGGGGGGGGGGGGGGGGGGGGGGGGGGGGGGGGGGGGGGGGGGGGGGGGGGGGGGGGGGGGGGGGGGGGGGGGGGGGGGGGGGGGGGGGGGGGGGGGGGGGGGGGGGGGGGGGGGGGGGGGGGGGGGGGGGGGGGGGGGGGGGGGGGGGGGGGGGGGGGGGGGGGGGGGGGGGGGGGGGGGGGGGGGGGGGGGGGGGGGGGGGGGGGGGGGGGGGGGGGGGGGGGGGGGGGGUGGGGGGGGGGGGGGGGGGGGGGGGGGGGGGGGGGGGGGGGGGGGGGUGGGGGGGGGGGGGGGGGGGCGGGGGGGGGGGGGGGGGGGGGGGGGGGGGGGGGGGGGGGGGGGGGGGGGGGGGGGGGGGGGGGGGGGGGGGGGGGGGGGGGGGGGGGGGGGGGGGGGGGGGGGGGGGGGGGGGGGGGGGGGGGGGGGGGGGGGGGGGGGGGGGGGGGGGGGGGGGGGGGGGGGGGGGGGGGGGGGGGGGGGGGGGGGGGGGGCGGCACCUGUUCUGGGCUGGCGGCAACCUUGGCUCGCAGCCCCUAUGA